AUGGAAUUGGGUUGGCAAUCUCCACGUGGCAGUGAAACGCCGCCGUCUCCAGAUAGUACUGUUGUAGAUGCAGAGCCAGCCAAGAACAAGCAAAAAAUAUAUGGUCAUGAUAACGAGGACCUAUUCGAUUACUCUGCAUCCUCAUUGACACCUAUGCACGCUGGGGAUGAUGGCAAUCUCCAUGAUCCUUUGGUUGAGUGCACGUGUCAGUUUGGAGAAAGACUGAACAACAUCGCAAUUCCAAGCACAUGCCGUCAGGAAAUUAUAUUUGAUAUCUGCGAGCACAUUCAGGUGAAUUUCUAUCUGAAAGCUUGCACCUUCGUCGACGCAGGCGCUCGAAAAUUAGAUGUAACCAACGCGUUGAAGGUGGUUAUCGAGAAUGGCUUACAGCCAGUGUUCCUGCUCUUUACAAACGUGGGGAGAAUAAGAAAGGGUAGCCCGAAGGAGGAGUCUUUCCUCCUUGAGCUGCCCCUUCUUGCUCAGGGGGUGAAAGAACGCGACAAUCCGGUUGGCGAGGAUGUGGAACUUCCUCGCGAUCGUGAAGCCGUCGCUGCCGUCUUCACUCGAAUUAAAGACAUAUGUGGCUCUCAUCCUUCAUUUUUGGUAGCUGAUUAUAAGUUCAGUGAAACUUUUAACCGAGGUGGGACGCUUCAACGAGCCCUAUAUACGAAGAGACUCGUGGAUGAAAGAUCAUGGCUCCUCCUCAUUGCGGGAGGGCCGGGCACAGGAAAGACUAUUGUAGUGAAAGAAAGAGCAAAACAACUUGGUACAAAUGAUCCCAAUGCGGAAGUGCUUGUAGUGAACCUUCCCGGGGGACUUCUGACAAAAGACUAUCGGGAUACCAUACAAAAAACCUGCACUGAUCAAGGUCUGAAGAACAUCACGAUAUUGGAUGGAAAGGAAGAGGGUAUAUUGGAAGACCGUCAGGAACUCUUCGCCUUCCUCCGGAGAGAGGGAAAGGGGAAACACGUGCUGCUGGAUGAAGUUCCCCUCACUCUAGGGAUCCAAGGUCGCCUGGAUGAGAUGAGGCUCUCUGAGCACUGGAUGGAGGUUUCUACUUUGAAAGGGCAUGUGAGCAGUCUCACUUUCUCAUUCCGUCCGAAUGAUGUCGCCUACACCCGGGAUAUAAGACUCCAGGACAUCAAGAUCGCAGACGCUGACAUUAAAAUCUUGAAUGUUGUGAAAAGGAACACACGUCAUGUUACUGACUUGUUCUUGGCCCUUGGAAAUUAUGUACGCAGGAUAUUUGUUUGCCAGGAACCCACUAUUCGGGAAACGGGAUGUGAAAUUGACUACUUUCUUCUUCCUAAGACCACACUGACUGUCAUCUUCGGACCCCCUUCUUCUGGGAAAAGUAAGCAAUUGCUGGAAAGGAUCAACCAACUCGUGCAUAUUGCUCGUCAAGGCCACAAUGAGUACGGAAUACUCUUACUCCAUAUGGGGAGCGCCCUUUGUCAAAAGGAAACUUUGGAUCGCCUCGGCAGUAACCCGAUAAACAUGCUUGACAUUGAGAGAGUGAAAAGCUUGUCUCCCGUAGAGAUUGUCAAAUACGGAGGAGUGGCAAGGGUGCAGUGGAAAUGCCACUGUUCAAUCAUCCAUAUUUAUGUAGAUGAUUAUUGCAUCGAAGCUGUAGACGCCGAGAAAGAAAUAGAAGAGUGGACACGGGCGCUCGAAGAAUUAACCAGGGCGACUCUAACCCUCACCCUGACGGUCGUUUUUCAAACUCAUUCUAGAGGGGGUAGAGAAAUCUCCAUGGAGAAGCUGAUAUCGUUUUUCCAAGAUCGCCAUGAUUCGGAGGUGAUCAAACUACAUGAACCUGGGACAGCCCCUGACUGUUGCACGAGCAAACAGCUUCUCCACCACAUUUAUAACAACGAGACAUGUAACCCUUUGAAGAUGGUAGCCAAAACCCUGCCCACAGGAUCGCGCCCAGGGGCUUGGGUCAUUGGUUCCAAGCCCAAGCGUAUCAGCAUAAAAUACCUCUGUCCUGGCAAUCACCUGGAUUUGAGUUGCAAGGGACAAGAAAGUUGCUUGCCUUACAUAGGCGCGUAUGUCUGUUUUCUCUCCGCCUUGUCGCAGGAGAUACUUGGUGAAGUUGUUUAUGUGCUCAUGCCUGAUAGAAAGCUAAUGAACUUUCUGCAGACAAUUAGUGGAGAGCACGCGAGAAGGCUGCACUUUUUUCAUCCUGAAGAUUUCCGAGGGUGUGAAUCUAGUGUUACCAUCACAGUAAAUGUGGAUGAUUCUUGGAUUUUGGAAAGCCUGUCCAGAGCAAAGACGCAUCUCUACAUCAUUGACUGCUUACCAGAGCAUCAGCAAGUUUGGCGCACAAUGCUAGAAGAAGGACGCAUCCAGGAGGAGGUUCUUACUCACAACGUUCCUCUUGAAUCCGGAAUCCUUCUCAGCCUGAAUAACAUAGGAAAGUUCCUCAUAUUUGAUUGCCCAAAAUGUGAGGAAUUCUCUCAUCUGGGAUUGCUGAGUGUCUAUACAAGAAGAGGGAAAUUGGAUAUAAGGGAACAUCUGAAAGUAUAUAAAGGUGAAAGACCCCCAGAAGAAAUUGCGAGCGCAUAUGUGUCCCAGCAUUACCCUGAAGCAUAUGUUAAGUCUUACUCCCUGCCUGAGGGGUUCAUUUUGAGCGACAAUAAGUUUAAUGAUCUAAAGACAAGGGCUUUCAAAGUCAAAGAAGACGUGUCCUUGCCAUUGAACCAGCUGUCCAUUGCUGUGGUUUUCGAUCGAGUGAAGCAUGCGUUCAAGGAUGUGCCAUCACUGACUAUGGCUGAUUACGAAUUUACAGAUACCUUCUUCAAGGGAAUCAAUCAGCAACAGAAGGAUCAUUUCAUCAAGAAUUUCGGAGUUACAACGAAGGACCUAGAGACCGGGUGUCAUGGUGUCUUAGGCAUUGGGAUAUCUGGCAAGGACAUAGUGGGACUAUUCUUUCAAGUUAAAGCCACAACGUCAAAUGCUAACCACAAAACAAUCCUUGAUUCGUUGGCAAAAGCAAUGAAGCAAGUCAACAAGGACUUCAACGUGUUUCGGGUUGUGUGCGGGAAUUUCCUAAAUUCGAUAGUAAAGUUAGCGGGAUUCGUAGCCCUCCCGAUGCUCUCGAAGUCGAAGUUGCAGAAAGAGAUCAAAUGUAAAGAAUGCAGGGCACGAAUCCUCACCUUGGAAGACUUGGACGGUCCAGGAAGUUUCACAGCGUUUUUGGACAGACGAGGGAUAGUAUUGGAGAAGACAUGGGACCGGAAUCCGGAGUCCCCAGUUUUAAAGACCUUCAAGGAGAUCUUCGACCUAUACGUCUAUGCAGCAUCGGGAUUAGACCUACCUCGCAACCAAACUCAAUUGUUAAUCAAGAGCGAGGGACAAAUGAAGAAGAUGUCGGAAAUUCUCACACCAAAGCAACGAGAAUCAGUGAUGAGCAAAGAAAAGUUUAUGUUCAUCUGCGGAGCUCAUGGGACAGGAAAGACAUUUAUGAUCAGGGAAAGAGCUACUGAAUUGGCAAAGACUGGUAAGGUAUUGGUAGUGAAUUUGGCUGGAGGACUCCUCACUGAAGAAUAUCAACGUUACUUCAAAGAUGAAGAGGAGAUUCAGGUAAUUGACCGGAGAGAUGAGGGCCUCGAGGAGAAUAUUGAAGCAUUGAAGAAAUACCUGUUGGAGAAGGGGAAAAAUAAAAAUAUCCUCAUAGAUGAAGUCCCCAUCACACUCGGAUUCCAGGACAUCAUCACACCAGAAGCUGUCACCAAGCACUGGGAAUGUAUCUUGGACGAGAUAAAUAAUAUAAAGUCAAUGACUGUCUCCUUCAGACCCACUGACCAGUCAUACACGAGAGACAUUCCCCUCCUGGACGUGAAACCCAGAGGUUGCCAGAUAAAAAUCCUCGAAGAAGUCAAGAGGAAUAGCAGGAAAAUUGCCGAGUUGCUCAUGGCAAUAAGGUGUUUCUUCAGCCGAAACGUUUUAUCUCUUGAGAAGACAGUUCGAAUGGACAUAGAUGAGUCUGCGGGAGGAUUUCUUCCAGCUCUCCUUUUCAUUCCCUCUUGCUCAGCUCUUCACCCCAGCAAAUGCCAGGAGAAGAUGAUCUGCGAAGCUGUAAGGGCAUCACAUGCCAUUGAUUCGAUACGCAAUCAGUGCUCCAGAUCAUCGAAAGAGCGCCCGAUAUUCGUCGUUGUUGAUAGUGAGAAGAGAAAGAAUGCCCUUGUAAACAUAAUUAUGUCAUUUUUCCCAUCAAUUCCGUUCCUCUUUUUCUCCAACCGCCGGCGGAUAUGGCGAGGGAAUGGGAACUUAAACGGUUCGUCCUCUCUUGUAAUCGUCACCGAGCACGAAAUGAUGGGAUGCUACCCGAGUAAUUUCAUUAUCAUCCUGGAUUUCCCAUUUACGCAGUGGAAGAACUACAACCGAUUGAUAGCAUCCACUGUAGAAAACAAGAUCCUUGUGACGGAGGAAGAGGAGUUGAGGACGGGAAAGUUUUCUCGUCUCACAAAUGAAAUUUUUGGAUGGAAGAUCAAGGAGGGGAACAUCGAUGGGGCAGAUCUCAGUCGAACACUAGAGAAGGCAUGGCAAGCUUACGAUAGCAAGAAAAUCGACCAUUUGAAGGAUGAUGCUUUUUCUCGAUCACGCUUUCCUGGAAUGGACAUUGAUUCGGAUGGAAGGGACGAACAGAAAAUUGCAGACGUAGACAGGAUGCUAAAGUCUUGGCUCAGUGGAAUAUUUGGUUUUCCAGCCUCAGGAAAAACAAGUAGGAUAGAUAUUUUGAUCAGAAAUGUGACGGUAUUUUCGGGUCAUCUCAUUCUUCUCCAUUGCGGAUCUGACCUGUCUUGGGAAGUUUACCGAAAGCGCUGGGGGAAUGAGGAUCAUGUGAAACUUGCUUAUCUGGAUUCAAGCAAAAUCAAGUCUGUCGAUGACAUUCUGGACCAUAUAGUGAGAGUUAAAGAGAAUAAAGCUAAAUUGAAUAAUAAAAAGAAAAAAAUGGAAAAGGAGGAGGACAAACAUGUGGUGAGCAAUGAGACAGUUCCCCUGUUCGUAGUGGUCGAAGACUGUCCUUUGUUGAAGGACUUUGAGGGCGCUAAGGAGAGAUUACAAAAAAUGAAUACAAAGCUCAUACUCGCAUUCAGGCCACAUUCAGAUGACACCUCAGGCAUCGCGGUGGAAAAAGCUGCGCGAAUGAGAGAAGGAAAAACCGACUGCACUGCGAUUGUUAUUCGAUCUCAACCGAUGAACGUGGCUCUCGUGAAGUAUAUACAACGACACGAAACUCGAACUGCACUGUCCUUGCCUGCAAUGUCCGCAGCGAUUGUCCCAGGUCCACCAGUCCGAUUCAUCAGCAUGAAAAACUUCAAAUGUUCACAAAUACAUUCAGGGUACAUAUGUUCUGGGAAUAUGUCAUGCAGUAAAUAUGCUACUGCUGCAUUAUCCCUCUCCCAGGCUGCCCUUUUAAAGGCUCCAGGCAUUUCACCUUUCAUCCUGGUUACAGAUGAAGACCUUCUAGCGUCGUUGGAAACUUGUAAGUCCGACCCUGAUAUCGUAGUGCUGCAUCCUCAGAACUUUCGUGGGUGCGAAGCUUCGGUCGUAGUCUCGGUUAACGUGAAUGAAGACUGGUUGCAGGAAGCAAUUUCCUGCGCUAGGACUGGACUCGUCAUCAUCGACAACAUCCCUAACCAUCAGCAUCUUUGGGACACCAUGACCCAAGAAGGACGCGUGGAGGCCGUGCAUGACACUUUUCCCAGUUAUACUGAAGAGCAUCCAAAGGUCCUACUGAGACUGGAUGAGAAAGAAAGGUUUCUGAAAGGGCCGACCUGGGAUGAGACAGCGAAGAGAGUGGGCAAAGAAGCACUGAGAUGCGGCUACCUGAAUGAAACAACUGGCGCAAUCCAAAACAUCCCCCCUGAGACAUGGGAAACUCUGGACCACUCCAGCAAAACCCUCCAUUCAUCGUCCCCUUUUCAGGACUGGGGAUACGUAUAUAACUGUGAAUCGCCAGGAUCAGUGACUCAAGCAGAUGAGGAAGAGAGAAAGAAAAUCCUGGAGAUCCUCUUGCAAAUGAGAGUGAAGUGGGAAGACGAGAAACUGCCCCCUGUACCAUUGAAGAUGAGUGGAGAAGGAGGGGUGUUGGAAUCCCUUUCCCUCUCCCUAACCGGUUCCCUUCUCCAUCUCUCUCUCCUUCAAAAUAUUCUUGUGAAGAAAAACUUUGAGGAGCCUCUUACUCUACUACAGUCGGGAGCAGACCACUUUCAUCGCCCCAUAGUCCUUAUUGGGGAGAAAUUCUUUAGGAUAUUCAUCCCUAGUGAUGUUAAACAAGCAGAAAAUGAAUGGAGAGGAAUCCUACUCUUCGCCGAAGAUUUUCCGAAUGGUGGCAUCCUCCCUGUGGUACGUAAUUCCGGACAUGUGUGGAUGAAGGUGAACACUUUACCAAAGGAGUGGAAGGGCAAAAUGCCCAAAACUUUGGAGAGAAUCUCCUUUCGGGGGACGAUAGACGUGGAUUGGAGGGCUCAUACUGUUCCUCUCAUGUGGGUCCUGGACCGUUGCAUGGUCGACCUACUUCCUCUCAGCCCAGGUGACAUUGCUCAAUGAACUAGGCAGUGAACGUGCAAAACAACGACUUCCAAGGGCCAGGACAAGCACUGCAAUUUGCCAAUAUCCAUGUCCAUUGCACUGCCAAAGAAGACAUCUUCAUCCAUCCCUAUACGUUUUCAUGAUAUUUACACAAUACAGAAGGUGGUUAUAUAAAUGAACGAUAUUGAUUCGAGG